AGAAGGCGGACUACAAGUAGACUGUAGAGUACAAGUGAGGCAAGUGGCUGCAGCUGUUAUCGAGGAAGGGAGGUGCGGUAAGAUGGACGGGAUCCAACCACCACCUGCCUUCCUGCCGGCGGCUGGUAAGCCAAAGGUACCCUGGUCUGGGUGGUAUGCUGAUUUCGAGGUGUAUGCUCUUGCUAUUGGGUGGUGUGAGUGGUCAGAAGAACGCCAGCAGGCCUUGCUGCUUCAUUGUGUGGGUGCAGAAGCUCGUAGGCUGUACAGGACUAAGCUGCCAACAGGAGGACUUGUGAAGCAGCCCAAAGUUGAAGAUUGCAGCAGCAGCAGAAAUCACUGCAGAGCGACAUACCACAGUCUGCGGCGCCGUAGGGCCAGUUAAAGAUGCAUUUGAGGAUGCCAAUCAAGAGGUGGCAGCAACAUCCGGUAAGUUUGGCAAACCGAGAUCCCCAGACAAUGGCCGUCGGUCGAAGACUUGCUUUGCAUGUGGCUUCAGUGGUCACAGGUCGGGCGAUAGCCGAUGCCCAGCCAGGGAGAGGGAAUGCCACAUUUGUCAUGAAGUGGGUCACUUCGCCAGAGUAUGCAGGACCAGAUCACAGAGACCGGACACCACGAGAGCCCCACCCGGAGUUUCGACUGUAGAAGUCUCAUCAGUUCAUGACUUGCUGAGCUUGUCUGGUCCAAUGCUUGAUGUGGAUGUUGAUGGCACUCUGCUGGAGAUGAUGGUAGACACUGGUUCGCCUGUUAGCCUCCUGCCUUUGCAUCUGCACCAGGCGAGACUCCCUCAACUGCCACUGCAUGCAUGUGAUGUUGCAUUACGAGGAUAUGGGGGACACAGCCUUGACGUUGUUGGUGUAAUCCAUGCCACAGUGACCAGUAACGGUAAGUCAGCUGACGCUGACUUGUAUGUGAUGAGAGGCGGUACUGUACCUUUGUUGGGGCGUGACUUACAGCUCAGUCUGCAGAUCACAGUCAAGAACGGCAAUGCUGUGUGUGCCGUGUCACCUGGGAGUCAACCGGAGCCAAGCCAGCCCGGUCUCCCUCCCCUUCGUGGGUUUGUUCACAGGGUAAAGGUGAGGGACGGUGUUUCCCCUGUCCAGCAGAAGAUGCGGCCUCUGCCGUACUCAGUCAGGGAGGAAGUGAAGGCACACCUGGCAGACCUGGAGGCAAAGGGUGUCAUCGAGAAGGUGGACUCGUCACCUUGGAUAUCUCCGAUGGUGGUCACCAGGCGCCGCACCGGCGGAAUCCGGGUAUGUCUCGACCUGAAAAAGGUAAACCAAGCGGUCAUGCCCAGCAAGUAUCCGCUACCUGACAUGAUGGAUAUGCUCGAUAAGCUUAAGGGGGCUGCAGUGUUCUCGAGCUUGGAUAUGAAGUCUGCCUUCAAUCAGCUUCCACUGCAUGAAGAGUCCAGAAAUUUGACGGCCUUUAUGACACCUGAUGGGCUGAGAAGGUACACCCGAUGCUGUUUUGGUUUGUCCUCUAUCCCGGCAGCUUUCCAGAAGGUGAUGGACAACAUCUUGGCUGGACUGUCGGGGGUCCAAGUCUACGUCGAUGACAUCAUCAUCUUUGGUGAGAACCAGGACCAGCAUGAUGCUCGUCUUCAGCAAGUGUUGGCCAGGCUAAAGGAGUACCAGGUAACCCUGAACGAGGAGAAGUGCACCUUCAGCACCACAUCUCUAGAGUUCCUGGGCUUCACUGUCACGAAGAACGGCUUCAAGGUGAGCGAGAACCGCGUCAAGGGUAUGCGGGACAUGAAGUCGCCCAGCACGGCUAAACAGCUACAGUCGGCCUUGGGACUGUUCGGCUUCUACGCCAGGUUUGUGAGCGACUUUUCCACACUGGUGGAUCCACUUCGGGCCACCCUGAAAGCAGAGCGUUUCCAGUGGACGCAGGAGCUGGAGACUUGUUUCAGGGAAGUUAUCUCCAAGAUCAUCAACAGCUCAGCGCUCACGAUGUACGACCCAGAUCGACCGACUGUCGUGACAUCAGACGCUUCGGAUGUAGGCCUCGGAGCAGUGCUGAGUCAGAUCUACCCCGAAGGUGAGAGAGUUGUUUCUUUCGCAUCAGCCACUCUAUCAGACACCCAGAGGAAGUAUAGCGUUACUGAGCGGGAGGCCCUUGCGGCCAAGUGGUCAGUUGAGCACUGGCAUAAGUAUCUUUUCGGAACCCACUUCACCUUGCGGACGGACCACCAAGCCCUACAGUCGCUCUUAUCAUCAAAGGGGAUUGGUAGGGCAGGAAUGAGGCUGUCUCGAUGGGCAAUAAGACUCAUGGCGUAUUCGUUCAGUGUGGAGCAUGUUGGUGGUUCCAGAAAUGUUGCAGAUGGCCUCUCCAGACUGCCAGCCUCGACACACACCCCAGAGGAUGACGACCAGCUGAUGGUGGCGGCGAUCACUGACAGGAUCGCGCGUAAAUCUGCGGUAACCAGAGACAGCAUACGAGCGGCAGGCGCUGAGGACGAGGAAUUGACCAGACUGUGCAGGCAGAUCGUGUCUGGCUGGCCAGCUCGCUCGAAGGACUGCCCAACAGACCUGCAGCCGUACUACAGGUUCAGAAAUGAGCUUACGGUUGUCGAAGGCCUCAUACUCCGUGGCGAGAGAAUCGUCGUCCCGUCCGUACUACGGCAACACCUUCUGGAACAGGCCCACGAAAGCCAUCCAGGCAUCGUCAGGACUAAACAACGCCUACGGGAAAUCUUCUGGUGGCCAGGUAUGGACGCGGCAGUGGAGAACAUAGUGAAGUCAUGUACAGUAUGUGACGCUGUUGAUAAGAGUGCGAAGCCGCGCAACAUCCUGCUUCAACCGGUUCCCUUCCCGGAGAAACCCUGGUCUAAGUUGGGAAUCGAUUUCAUCGGACCGCUAGAAGGAGGGGGAAUAGGUAGAAGAUUCGCCAUUGUCAUGACAGACUACCACUCAAAGUGGCCGGAGGUGGCAUUCUGUCCGCACCCCUCAUCCCGCGCAGUAAUCAACUUCAUGGAGACAGUGGCUGCGAGAGAAGGGAGCGGACAGGGUGGAAGGUGUCGAAGCAGUCUGCAAGGAUGGUUCAUCUACUGCGGACCAGCCAUCGAGGAUGAUGGCAGGAGCCUCACAAGAGAGGAUGAUGCGACCUCCAGCAGCAGAAGUAACCCCGUCGGGCGGCAGGAUCGAGGAAGUCCCUUCAACAGGGGACGUGUCAAACAGGAGUGCAGCAUCGGAGGUGUCGGGUGA